AUGGCUUCAGACGACACUUCUUGGAUCCCGCAGGGGACUCACAACGUGGUCAUUGGUCCUUCACUCCAUAAACACCUCAAAGCUCGGCGAGGAGUACCUGCCCAACCACCAAAACGAGUGGGCCCUCCAGAACGGGACUUUUUCACGUUUCGAUACAACUUUAAGCCAACCUCCGUCGAUAUAACUAAACCAGGCACCAUAGAAGUCAAUCGCAACGGCAAGGCAGAUGGUGGGUCGGUGAGAGUAGAGCAUCCCUCCGCUCAGCCUGGGGAGAGCAAUGUCUAUCUUGGCACCGAAAUUCCGUCCAAAGAAUUUGACUGCGUCCUGAUAUACGACGAAGAAACCGGGGACUACAAGCUUGAGAAACUGGAAGCGUGCAUGAACUUGUCCUUCGACAAACGACGACAAACUGAAUCACUACCGGCCUCGUCUGCCUCGACGCCUGCCCCACCUAUUUUAGACAAUGAACACCCCAUGGAACUAGAUGCUAUAGGCGAGCUAGACGACGACAUAUCCCAAUACCACGCGCUACGCCAAGAAGAAGAGGAAGAUGAAGAAGGCGAACUAUUACCCAUACCACCGGUCCCCGUGCCACCCAAACCGGCAGCACCUAAACCACCACGCAAGAUUGCCAAGAAGCCUCCCCCGCCCCCACCGCCAUUACCCGCCGAACUAGACGGCGAUGCGUAUGAAGAAGAUUUACAAUUUGGCAAACCGACUGUCAAGCGACGCCGAAAAACACCGCCCCCUCCUCCCCCUCCCGUUCCCGUUCCAGUUGUACCUGACUUAUCAUUACCUGGGUCUUCCUCUGGAUGGACCGCUCCGCCCCCUCCAAUCGCGGUACCGUCAGACUCAGAAGAUCCCGAAUCUGAUUGGGAGGAAGCCGUGCCGACUGGCGUGGUUGUGCCUAUAUCAACAGUUGAUAUCGACAUGAACGAUCUUGAGGCAGAACUCGAGGCAGAAUUAUUCGAUGCUGGUGAUGGUGAAGACGGGUCAGACGACGACUUUCUCGCGAACGCCAUGCCGAACACGUUCAACUCGGACCCGCCAAUACCGAAAGGCGUGCCCUUGUCGCUUCAACAGUUCGCUGCUUCCCAGGAGGGGAGGUGGUUAUAG